CCUGUUUAUCAGACAUACCAUUCCCAUAUACUAUAACUCACAAUGUCCCCUAAAGUCGCACUCGCUGGUGCCAGCGGAAAUCUCGGCCCAGCCGUCCUCAACGCCCUUCUCGAUGCCGGUUUCCAAGUAACCGUGUUGACCCGAGCAGGCAAAGACAGCAAAUUCGACAGUCGAGCCCACGUUGCUCCAGUGGAUUUCACUUCUUUGGAAUCUCUUACAUCAGCACUUGCUGGUAAUGAUGUGGUGGUCAACACCCUUGGAUCUGGGGCUAUUCCUCUAGACACCCAUACCCGGUUGAUUGACGCUGCUGUCGCUGCGGGAAUUCAGCGAUUCAUUCCUUCGGAAUUUGGGUCUGACACGACCAAUCCAAAUGUUGCCAAACUGCCUGUUUACGGCGAUAAGGUUGCCGUUCAGAAAUAUCUUCAGCAGAAGUCUGAAAGCUCGGGUGGGAAGUUCUCGUUUACACUUCUCAUCACUGGAGCCUUUUUCGACUGGGGCUUGAUGACUACAUUCCUACUUAAUCUCAAAGGCCCCGAAGCAGAGGUAUACGACAGCGGCGAUCAGAAGUUCAGCACGACCACUUUGGCAGGAGUAGGAAAAGGAGUUGCUGGAGUUAUUCAGAACCUCGACGCAACCAAGAACAAAACCGUAUUCAUCCGUGAAGCAGAGGUAUCGCAGAACCAGUUACUGAAGAUCGCAAACAAGCAUUUGGCUAUCAAAUCUGUGAAAACAGAAGAUCUGGAGAAAAACGCUUACGCUGAGCUGUCCAAGCCGAGUCCCAAUCCAAUGGUCUUUGCGGUUAGUUUUAUUCGGAGGGCUAUCUUUGGCGAUGGAUAUGGGGGGUUGUUUCCCGAGGAGAAUGUGUAUAACAAACUGCUUGGUGUGAAGGAGCUGAGUGAUGAGGAGAUCGAGGAUGUUGUUUCGAGAUAUAGUAAUUAGCUACACACCAAUACUGAAUGGAAUAUACUGUUGAUAAGUGCAAACAAUCUAAUAAGUCCCCUUGGUAGACGAAAGAUUGCUCUGACAUGAUUCAGCUUCGCCCAUUCCUCCAGCAAACCGUCAAGCCUCCCAUCAUCCUCGAAGGAAACCUGAUAAACAUACUCAAACAGAUGUUUACAUGCACUGUCCAUAACCACACGAG